AUGAGAGUCCCAGCAACGGAGCCAGUUAACCGGGACAGCCAGAAGGUGACGUACACAGCUGCUUGUGACUCCGGGAUCAACCAGGAUCGGGACCUAUAUGGAAUCAUGACCAACUCCUGUGUGCCAGGGGCUCACAUCCCCUCCUUCUUCCUUUGUCUUGGGCUGCUGCCGGUGGUUCGAGUGUCUGCAAGUGGUUACAAGACAUGCCCCAGCGUUCACCCUGACAUGCUCAACGUGCACUUGGUGGCCCACACGCACAAUGAUGUGGGCUGGCUCAAGACAGUGGACCAGUACUUUUACACACCCGAAAACCAUUUUGAGUGUGUGAUAAACAUCUUGAGCUCGGUGGUGAAAUCCCUUUGGGCCAAUCCCACACGGCGCUUCAUUUAUGUGGAGAUGGCCUUCUUCUCCCGCUGGUGGAAGCUCCAGGACAAGAAGAUGCAGAAGGGUGUGCAGGACCUCGUGCACCAGGGGCGCCUGGAAUUUGCCAACGGCGGCUGGGUGAUGAAUGACGAGGCGACCACGCACUAUGGCGCCAUCGUGGAUCAGAUGACACUCGGGCUGAACUUUCUGGAGAACACGUUCGGCAAAGAUGGGCGCCCCCAUGUAGCCUGGCACAUCGAUCCCUUUGGUCACUCGCGAGAGCAGGCCUCGCUUUUUGCCCAGAUGGGCUUCGAUGGCAUCUUCUUGGGGCGUGUGGACUACCAGGAUAAGAACAUUCGAGAAAGAACACAGCAAAUGGAGCAGGUGUGGCGGGGCAGUAUGAGCCUCCCACCUCCCACUGCUGACCUCUUUACCAGUAUUCUUCCCAAUCAAUAUGAGCCCCCAACUGGAUUUUGCUGGGAUAUAAAGUGCUUUGACUCGCCCGUGGUAGAUGAAAAUGACAGCCCAGCGAAUAAUGCAGACCGAGUGGUGACACAGUUCCUGAAAGUAGUCGCUGACCAGGCCAGGCACUACCGCAGCAACAACAUCAUAAUGACAAUGGGUUCAGACUUCCAUUAUGAGAAUGCUGAACGCUGGUUCAAGAACCUCGACAUGCUCAUCCAACUGGUCAAUGCACAGCAGGCCAGCGGGAGCCGAGUCCACGUUCUCUACUCCACCCCUGCCUGCUACCUGCAGGAGCUGAACAAGGCCAACCUCACCUGGUCGGUCAAAGAGGAUGACUUCUUCCCCUACGCCGACGGCCCCCACGAGUUCUGGACGGGUUACUUCUCCAGCCGGCCGGCCCUCAAACGCUACGAGCGUCGCAGCUACAACUUUCUGCAGGUGUGCAACCAGAUGGAGGCGAUGAUGGGACCUGCUGCCAACGCGGGACGCUUCGGCGCUGGAAACAGUGCGCCCCUCGUGCUCCUGAGCAAUGCUCUGGCCAGACUCAGCGGCUUCGAGCAGAAGUUCACGUUCUGCCACAAAUUGAACGUCAGCGUCUGCCCGCUCAGCCAAAAGCCUUCGAACUUCCACGUCCUCGUCUACAACCCCCUGGGGCGCCAGGUGAAUUGGAUUUUGAGGUUGCCAGUCAGCGAAGGCCAUUUCGUUGUGCUGGACCCUAAUGGACAGACUGUGCGCAGUGAUGUAGUACAGCAGCCACCCCUGGUCAGCACAACACACCCUCCUGAGCUGCUAUUCACGGUCUCUGCACCUCCUCUGGGAUUCAGCAUCUACUCUGUAACCCAAGGCCCUCUGAAGAGCCCUCCAGCUGACCUCACCAAGUCUGGCCUACAAAAGCCCCAGUCCUCUGACCUGGUUAUUGAAAAUGAGCACACCCGGGCUGUGUUUGAUGCCCAAACAGGGAUCUUAAAGGAGAUUGAGAACCUGGACCAGAAGCUUCUGUUACGAGUCCACCAGACCUUCUUCUGGUAUAACUCCAGCUUAAUCUCAGGAGCCUACGUCUUUGCACCUGAAGAUUUGAAUCCACUGCCCAAGAGUUUCUCACCUGAGACACACCUGGUGAAGACAGCCUUGGUGCAGGAGGUGCACCAGAAGUUCUCAGACUGGUGCUCCCAAGUGGUUCGUCUGUACCCAGGACAGAGACACUUGGAGCUCGAGUGGACAGUGGGACCAAUACCAAUGUAAGUGGGCAAUGGCUGGGGAAAGGAAAUCAUCAGUCGCUUUGCCACGGUGCUGAAGACAGGUGGGCGUUUCUAUACGGACAGCAAUGGCCGGGAGAUCGUGGAGAGGAGGAGGGAUUACCGGCCCACCUGGGACCUGAACCAGACUGAUCCAGUGGCAGGAAACUACUACCCAGUCAACAGCCGCAUUUACAUCACGGACGGGAACAUGCAGCUGACAGUGCUGACUGACCGCUCCCAGGGAGGCAGCAGCCAGAAGGAUGGAUCGUUGGAGCUCAUGGUGCACCGCAGAUUGUCCACAGAUGAUGGAAAGGGUUUGGAUGAGCCCCUGGUAGAGAUGGGUCCAAGCAGGGAAGGCCUGACUGUGCGAGGCCGCCACCUCGUGCUACUGGACAAGACCCAGAAUGCUGCCACCAGCCACCGACUGCUGGCCGAAAGGGAGGUCCUGGCUCCACAGGUAGUGUUGGCCCCUAGCGACGGCUCCCUCUCCUGCAGCAGCGGCAGCCCACUCAGAAAGGUGUUCUCAGGUCUGCGCAGAGAGCUGCCACCCUCUGUCCGCCUGCUCACACUGGCCCUCUGGGGGCCCAGGAAGCUGCUGCUGCGCUUAGAGCAUCAGUUUGCUGUCGGGGAGGGCAACCUGAGCUUGCCCGUGACCUUGGACCUGAGGGACCUGUUCUCCACCUUCACCAUCACUCACCUGCAGGAAACCACGCUGGCGGCCAACCAGCCUCGGGACUGCGUCUCCAGGCUCCAGUGGACAACAACCAAGGAUGGGAGCCAAGGCCCUGCCCUCCACACCCCUACCUCUUCCCUGGAUUCUGCUGCCGUCACGCUGCAGCCCAUGGAGAUCCGCACCUUCCUGGCCUCCAUCAGAUGGAAGCGUUCUGCACGUGUCUGCAGCGCCCCCCUCAAAGCCGACGCAUCCUCCCCUACAGGCUGGGUGAACCGCUGCCUCUCCAUCCUCCUGCUGUUGUUGUAA